CACCCCUUUCUUGACCAGCCAUGGCAUCGUCGUCGUCUGUUACUGAGCGUGAGGUCCGCGAGGCCUUUGAUGUGUGGUGCCGGCAGAACUCCAAGCUGCCCGGCAAGGACCUCAUCAAUGUCCUUCGCUGUGUCGGCUUCAACCCGACUGAAGACGAGGUCGACGAGAUCUACGAGAACAUGAACGUCAACGAGGAGAUGUACCUCGAGUUUGCGCAGGUCAUGUCGGCGACUCGGCUCUGCCAAAAGACGGUGGAGAACCCAGAGGAGCUUGUCGAGGCCUUCCGCAUCUUUGACAAGCACGGGACUGGGUGCAUUGCUGCCAAGGAGCUGUCACGGAUCAUGACCACUCUUGGCGACAACCUCUCUGCCAAGGAAGCCGAGGCCAUGCUCGCCGAGUCGCGCAUCGACUCGGAGGGCAACGUCAACUACAUGGACUUUACCCGCAAGAUGAUGAUGUAGAGAGAGCUGGAGAUUGAUAAACGCUGUGCCGCACGC